AGAUUCUCUGGUCUUUAUUUUCUAUUUUUGUUCCAUUAGGAGGUUAGUUUCUCACAGAAUGACGUGACGUCCCCAGGGUAGAAGUGGAGUAGGGUGAGCCCGUGGAAUUAUUGGCGGGGAUCGAUUGGGCCGAGCACGAAAGUGGAGGCAUUUGAGAGGAACGAGCUGGGAGUCUGUGAUUCACUUGUCCGUGGUUAGGGUACUUUUGGGGUCAGUAAGUCGGCUCAGGGUCUGUAGAGCUCAACCUCAGUGUCCGGGCUGUCCAGAGCUUGGGGUUCUGCAGAUCCGUCCGCAUGUCGGUGGUGCAGGCUAUACGGAUCAUUGACGAUGAUCGCAGUGUCUCGUUCCAGUUGGGGGUUUAAUUUGGGGCUCAGUAAUUUUGGGGCUCGGGUGGAUGCUCGUAACAUCGGGGUGUCUGGCCUGCGUUUUGGAUUAGUAAGGGGGUGUGUAAUGAGUGUCUGGUACAGAGAGAUGCAUGUGAGGGCCGUAGCUUUGGACGCCAAGGACUCGGGGCUGUGGUUUCGAUUGAGGUUCCAACCUCGGCUGCUGAAACAGAGGCUGCAGAGCUCAGAAGAGUAGUUGGAAACCCUCUGUUUUUUUUUUUUGUUUAUUUGUUUUUAAAAGUCUUUUGUUCAGAGGUUGACUGACUUCAGACGGAGGGAUUCACCCACCACCCCUCUCCUCUGUCUGUUAGGAGCCGUCAAUGGCUGCUUUCCCGCGGUAAAGGAAGAAUUGAGUCCUUGUGCCAGGGAUUUUAAAGUUGAAAAUGUGUAAUUUCCAUCCCUUUGCAGAAAAUCCCACAGGUCCUGAUGCCCCAGGAGCAAAAGGAUCAUGUGAAGGAGGAAGAAGUUACAAGAUGUGGUGUCAAUUUUUAUUGGGGCGCAUGUGACCGAGACUGAGAUUUCUGAAGGAAACUAGAAGUAGAUUCAGGAGACACAAAGCUGAGUUUUCCCACUGCCAGCUGUUUCAGAGGCCAGAAAAAAUGAUCCAGGUCCAGGACAUCACUUCAUUAAAGAACACUGUUGUUAAGGAAUCCCUGACAUUUGAUGAUGUGGCCGUGGACUUCACCUGGGAUGAGUGGCAGCUCCUGGCCCCUGCCCAGAAGGACCUGUACCGGGACGUGAUGUUAGAGAACUAUAGGAACCUGGUGUCAGUGGGUUUUCAUUCUGGCAAACCAGAUGCGCUCUCCAAGUUGGAUCCAGGAGACCCAACAUGGACAGGAGAAGAUGACAUCCCCUGUCGUACCCUUGCAGGAAUCUGGAAACUUGACGACUAUUUGCCAGAGCACUUACAAACUGAAAUGGAGAACAGCGUAGAGCGAUGGCACAAACAGAGAACAUUUGAAUGUAAUGUUCGUCAGAGCGCAGCUCGUUUUGUGUUAAGGCAAAAUCAUGAUAUGUAUGACUUACAUGGAAAAAUUUUAAAACCAAACUUAACUUUACUUCACCAGAGCAGAAGGUGUGAGAUAAAGAACCCUGCAGAUCUUACUGGAGAUGGGAAAUCCCUUCUGCAUGCUAACAAUGAACAAUUUCAUCCUAGAACUAAAUUCCCUGAGAGCAGGAAACUCAUCAGUACUAAGUCCCAGUUCAUCAAGCAUCAGAAAACACAAAAAACAGACAAGCCUCAUGUAUGUAGUGAAUGUGGGAAAGCCUUCAUCAAGAAGUGCCGGCUCACUAAUCACCAGAUCAUUCAUACAGGAGAGAAACCCCACAGGUGUAGUCUGUGUGGGAAGGCGUUCUCCAGAAAGUUCAUGCUCACUGAACACCAGAGAAUACAUACAGGAGAAAAACCUUAUGAAUGCUCUGAAUGUGGCAAAGCCUUUCUCAAGAAAUCACGGCUCAGUAUACAUCAGAAAACACACACAGGAGAGAAACCCUAUAUAUGCAGUGAAUGUGGGAAAGGCUUCAUCCAGAAGGGAAAUCUCAUUGUACAUCAGCGCAUCCAUACUGGAGAGAAACCUUACAUAUGCAGCGAGUGUGGGAAAGGCUUCAUCCAGAAGACAUGCCUGAUAGCGCAUCAAAGAUUUCACACAGGAAAGACUCCCUUUGUGUGCAGUGAAUGUGGAAAAUCCUGUUCCCAGAAGUCAGGUCUCAUUAGACAUCAAAGAAUCCACACGGGAGAGAAACCCUUUGAAUGCAGUGAAUGUGGGAAAGCCUUUACCACAAAGCAAAAGCUCAUGGUCCAUCAAAGAACUCAUACGGGUGAGAGACCCUAUAUCUGCAGUGAGUGUGGGAAAGCUUUUGCCUACAUGCCUUGCCUUGUUAAACAUAAGAGAAUACACACAAGAGAGAAAUGUGGAGACUCAGUCAAAGUGGAAAAUCCUGCCUCAGGGAAUCACGGCUUAGCACAGACUGGUGGUGCCACGCAGGGGAAAGACCUUGUCAAUACCGUGCAGGUGCCUUCUGUGGCUUCUCAGACGUCACUAAACAUCAGUGGGCUCUUAGCAAAUAGGAAUGUAGUCAUAGUGGGACAGCCUGCAGCCAGAUGUGUGCCCUCAGGAGACAACAGAGGAUUUGCACAGGAUAGAAACCUCAUGAAUGCAGUGAAUGUGGUCAUGCCUUCCGUGGUCAAUUAUGUCUUAUUUUAUGUCGCAGAAAACCAGUAGGAGAAAGCAGAGAAGGGUUGAGCAAAAAUUUCUAGGUCAUAUUAUAUCUGAAAAGUAUAUACUGCGAGGGACGGUUACGAAUCCUGAGGGUGGGAAAGUUUGAGCUCAUCCUAUUAAAAAUAUGCCUUGAAACAGAGGCAUUAUCUGAUGUCAACCCAAAUACAUACGCCUCAGUUGCUGUGUGUGUCUGUCAAAGGAAUGAAGGAAUAUCGAGUUCAAUAAGUGCAGGAAAUAAGUUCAAUCAGGACUAACCUUGGGUGGGCAGGAUAUGGGGCAUGUGUAUAUCAAUUCAGUUUCUGCAGGCCAAUGGGAAGGAGUAAUUGGAAACUGGGAUGUCUGCUGUGAACUCUUAGAAGGUUAUUUUAUACAGAGGCACUUACGGAACAGCAGCCUUAGAAUGGGUCAGCUCAUUCAUUUACCGAGUACUUGUUAAGUACUCCCUUUGUACUGGGUCCUGUUUGAGGAGGUGAGGAUUCAGCGGUGACCAAAGCAAAAAGGCCAUGGUCUCCUGGGAGAGAGCACUGAGGUCCUGGAUUAUCUUUCAGUGGUACAUUUACACCAGCUAAUGUAGAAAGAGGAUGUAAAUAUCUAUUCUACGUGAAAUAGAUACCGUCUUGGUUCAUUCUGGUGGCUGUAAGAGCAUUCUGUAGCCUGGAUGGCUUAUAAAAAGAGAAAUUUAUUUAAAAGAAAAAGAAGUGCAGAGUUCCUACAGAAUGAAAGGUUCAGAAUGUUCUAAAUUACACACGAGAAGUCUUAAAUAAAGUAAUAAAAGAAAAAAGUUAUUUCUGUUUUGGAAGCUGCAAGGUCAAAGAUAAAAGUGGUGGGAGAUUUGGUGUCUGCUGAAGGUCUGCUUCCUGGCUCAGGGAAGGCAAUCAUCUCACUGUGUCCUCACACAGGGGAAGGGGAGAGCCAUUCUCUGGGAUGUCCUACCAGGGCACUAAUUCCAUUUGCAUAUGUUCUACUAUCAUGACCUAAUCACCUCUCAAGGCCCCACUUCUUAGUACCAUCAUAUCUGGGAUUAGGAUUCAAUACAUGAAUUUGGGGGAGGGGACACAAACAGUCCAGAGAAGAUAAUGGAGUAUGGAAGUCCCCUUAUGUGUGGGGUAUAUGUUCUAAGACCCGCCAGUGGAUGCCUGAAGCUAGGCAAGCACUGAACCCUAUCCUAUAUACAGUAUGUUUUUUCUUAUACAGGCACACCUCUGGUGAAGUCGAAUUUAUAAAUUAGUCAUAGUAAGAAUUAACACCAAAACCAAUAAUAAAAUAGAACAAGUAUAACAAUA